CUAUUCCAAACGAAGCAUUUGUAUGCCAGUAGAAGACAUGGCGACCAAGGGUGUCCGUCAGCGAACCAGACGAGGCAGUAAACAAGAUGCUAAUAAUGUGAACACAAGUAUUGUCAGCGACAACCGAACGUCAAAAGAAGAGAAGAAUGUUGACGACAGUAAAAACAGUGACAUGCGAAAUGAGACAUCAAGUAAAGCAGGCCAGGUCUGGGCCCCGGAAGGUUCAACAGCGUUCAAGUGCCUCGUUUCAGCCCGCUUCUGUGCAGCAUUGCUCAGCAACAUCUCAGACUGUGAUGAGACAUUCAACUACUGGGAACCAACUCACUAUCUGCUUUAUGGCAAAGGAAUGCAAACAUGGGAGUACUCUCCAACUUAUGCAAUACGCUCUUAUGCUUACCUAUGGCUCCAUGCCCUUCCUGCCUUCUUUCAUGCCAAGAUACUUCAGACUAACAAGGUCCUAGUGUUUUAUUUUUUGCGCUGUGUUUUGGCCUUUGCCUGCUGUGUCUGUGAACUCUAUUUCUACAAGGCAGUCUGUAAGAAGUUUGGUCUCCAUGUUGGUCGGCUUAUGUUGGCAUUUUUGGUUCUGAGUGCAGGAAUGUUCUGCUCCUCUGCAGCGUUCCUCCCCAGCACAUUCUGCAUGUACAGCGCGGUGGUGGCCAUGACAGGCUGGUUCCAGGGCCGCACUAGCAUAGCCGUGCUGGGGGUGGCAGCAGGAGCCAUCAUUGGCUGGCCAUUCAGUGUUCUACUGGGAAUACCCAUCGCCUUCGACCUGCUGGUCCUUCAGAGGAAAUGGAAGAGCUUCAUCAUGUGGGCUGCGGCGGCUCUUCUCAUUUUCCUGGUUCCUGUAGUAUUAGUAGACAGUUACUAUUAUGGCAAGCUGGUGAUUGCUCCUCUGAAUAUCGUCCUUUACAAUGUGUUCACUCCUCAUGGCCCAGAUCUCUAUGGCACAGAGCCGUGGCACUAUUACUUUCUGAACGGUUUCCUGAACUUUAAUAUCGUUUUUGCAUUGGCCCUGUUCUCACUACCCCUCACUGCUUUAAUGGAAGCGCUACUGCAGAGGUUUAACGUACAAAACUUAGGACGCCCUUACUGGUUAACACUCUCACCCAUGUACCUUUGGAUGGUGGUUUUCUUUACUCAACCUCACAAGGAGGAGCGCUUUCUGUUUCCUAUAUACCCGCUCAUCUGUCUCUGCGGAGCUGUGGCACUAUCCUCCCUUCAGAAAUGUUACCACUUCCUGUUCCAACGCUAUCGCCUGGAGCACUACACCGUCUCCUCCAACUGGCUGGCCCUGGGCUCUGUGCUGCUCUUCGCUGUGCUGUCACUGUCUCGAUCCGUGGCUCUGUUCCGAGGCUACCAUGCCCCAUUGGAUCUGUACCCCGAGUUCCACCGCAUUGCCAAAGACCCCAACAUCCACACCGUUCCCGAGGGCAGACCGGUCAAUGUGUGUGUGGGCAAGGAGUGGUAUCGCUUCCCCAGCAGCUUCCUCCUGCCCAACAAUUGGCAACUGCAAUUUAUCCAAUCAGAAUUCCGUGGUCAGCUUCCCAAGCCGUAUUCCAGUGAGCCAUGGGCCACCCGCAUGAUUCCCACGGAAAUGAAUGAUCAGAAUCUUGAGGAGACAUCUAGAUACGUGGACCUCAAACAGUGCCACUACCUAGUGGACUUGGCCUUGGAAACAGAGGCGUCUCGUGAACCACGUUAUGCUGCCAACAAAGAAGAGUGGAGCAUCAUUGUUGUGAAGCCUUUCCUGGAUGCAAGCAGGUCGUCCAAGUUGUUCAGGGCCUUCUUUGUGCCGUUCUUCUCAGAGCAGCACACCACAUACAGCAACUACGUAAUCCUCAAACCGCGGCGGCCCAAACACGGCAGGAGACGGACACAACCCUGACCCUCCACCUUCCUCUAAGGGUUUCUCUGAACAGCAGUGUACCCUUCCCAUGGCCCACAGAGUUCUCUCUUAUCUGAAACUCUGGGUCAUUGCAUUGCAUCAAAAUACUGUGUGUGUGUGUGUGUGUGUGUGUGUGUGUGUGUGUGUGUGUGUGUGUGUGUGUGUGUUUGUUUGUUUAAGUAUUUUGAGAAUGGGGAUGUGUAUUUAUGUACAUAUGUAUAAUGAACAUUUGUAUUGGAGCAAGCAGAAACACGAUGGCCAUUUUUGACUGCGGUCCGAGAUGAUGGGUUAUGGUCCCACAUCUCGCUCUCAGCAUUCAGUCCGUCCAUUCCAUAGGUCCAUUCCAUAGGUGGCCUGGACGGUAAGGCCGUCUGCGCCAUUCCAGGAAACUCCUUCAUUGUCGUUGUCACCUUCUGGGCCGCAUCCAUGGUUUGACUGUCUGCGCUGGCUGGUCCGUGCUUGCGUGUGUGUGUGCGCGGGCGUGUGUGUGUGUGUGUGUGUGUGUGCGCGGGCGUGUGUGCGCAGGCGUGUGUGCGUGCGUGUGUGUGUGUGUGUGUGUGUGUGUGUGUGUGUGUGUGUGUGUGUGUGCGUGCGUGAGAAGCUGACCCUUUAAGGACCACAACAGUCCCUCGUUUGUGGUGGUGUUCGUUGUUAUAAUGUCCUAUGAGCCUGACCUGACCAAUAAAAAUGACCAAGAUUUAAAUGGUCCAAAGUGGACCAAUAUCAAGUCAAGUCUCUACUGAGGUACUUCAAUGUUUCUCAUUGUAGUGUAUGUCAAGUAGGAGUAAACUGUCAGACAUCUGUGCAUCUUUGUCCUGAUCCAUACUUCAGCCUCCUGUGCCAAAGGUUGUGAGACAACUUAAGCUAAGAGGGCAUUGUUAAAUGUCUCUUCUCUCCUUUUUCUCCCAUCUUCAAAUUUUUCAAAAUUAAAAAAAAAGGACGUUAGUACCAUCAAUCAGUCAGUGUUGUGCAUAUCGGGGGAAGCGAUGGACAUUGUGAUAAUGUUAUGAACAUGUAAAAAAAUAUUUUAAAUAAAAUGGCUGUGUGUUGAAUGAAGUGAAUGCAAA